GGAGACUUAGACGGAUUGCGCGUCAUCUCGCCUUCCUAAAUUUUCCCCUUCUGCAGUUCGAAUCCUAAACAUCUAUCUAUAGUACGGAGUACUGGGGGAAAGAUGUUUAACUCGGUGAAUCUGGGAAACUUUUGCUCCCAGACGCGCAAAGACCGGACAUCCGAGUUUGGGGACAGAACGGGCUGCGCCUCAAACAUCUACCUCCCCAGCUGCACCUACUACGUCCCCGAAUUUUCCGCCGUCUCUUCGUUUCUUCCACAGGCCUCGUCGCGGCAGAUAACCUACCCAUAUUCUUCAAAUCUGCCUCAAGUGCAGCCGGUACGGGAAGUUUCCUAUGGAUUGGACCCUUCUAGUAAAUGGCACCAUAGAAGCAAUUAUGCAUCAUGCUACUCUGGAGAGGAUCUGGUGCACAGGGACUGUCUUCCGCCAUCCACCAUGACAGAAAUGCUAAUGAAAACGAACGAGAGUGUGUACAGUCACCACCACCACCACCACCAUCCCAGCUCCAACCAUUCCUCCACAGGGUUCUACCCCGGCGUGGGGAAAAACAACGUCCUCCCUCAAGGUUUCGACCGCUUUUUUGAGACAGCAUACUGCAGCACGGACAAUCAGUCAGCAGAUAAUUGUUUACAUAAGAGCGAGGCUAGUAAACUGGAAACAGAGUCCCAGCAGCCAGCGGCUCUACUGGGCGUCCCAGACCAGGACAAGGACCCAGAGGAUGAGGAGGAACAUACACAUUCGGGCUCGUGUACUUCUUCAGCCACCAAGGACGUCAGCGCCAGCAAGAACAGCCACUCGAGUAUUCCUCGCACGAGGAAGAAGAGGUGUCCAUACUCCAAAUUUCAGAUUCGAGAAUUGGAGCGGGAGUUCUUCUUUAACGUUUACAUCAAUAAAGAGAAACGUCUGCAGCUUUCCCGGAUGCUGAACCUCACCGACCGACAGGUUAAAAUCUGGUUUCAGAAUCGAAGAAUGAAAGAAAAGAAAUUAAGCAGAGAUCGUUUGCAAUAUUUUUCUGGAAACCCCCUAUUGUGAGCAUGUGAGGAGUGUAAAAUCAUAGGCCUAAUGAUUACAGUCAAAGGUCAAUUACACUCUUUUCUCAGUGAAUUCUUAUCACCAGUAAUAAACAAAGUUGAAGUUACAAAAAGAGCCCAGCUCAGCAGCAAUGUUGAGCAACUAAAUGUUUUGAUGAGGUUAUUUCUAUUUCCAACAUGUGGGGUUUCUCUAUGUAUGCGUAAUGAGCCGCCAUUUUCCUGUAGCCUUCGUGCACAGAAUAAUUUAUAUUUCAGAUAUAGGCCAACAGGUGAUAUAAUAAUCAUUGAUAUGCUGUAGUUCAUAUCAAUUUCCCUGUAUUUACCAAAAAUCUUAAUUCUGUGUAUUUACUUGUGCAUUUCACAAGUAUUAUUUUUUGAAUAUUAACUGCUACAACACAAUUUAGAAGCAAUGAUAGGCCUGUAUUGGAUAUUUUCACUUUUCACUUUCCUCUGGUCGUUGUAUAGGUAUAUGUAUCGCCUAUGUGUAGCCUACCAUGAAACCACAAUUCUCUUUUAGACUAGACUAUUGAACACAAAAUAGUAUUUACAGGCUUCAUUUUUGCCAUUGAGAACUGUGAUGUGUACAAUCUGUAAUAAUGUUUUCCUUGUACAGACUAUGCAACUAUGUGCAGUCGUGACUGUAAAUAUGAUUUUAUUUGUAAUUUCUCUCCCCCUUUCCGUGCUGCUAUUUUCUUUACACCGCCCAAGCAAUCUGUGUACUUUAAAAGCUUUAAUGUUAACACUCCUUUAAUUUAUUUGCUUUAUGCUCGGUGUUUUGCUAUGAAAGAGGAGGAGGAAAAUAUGGCGCUGGGCCUGUGUAUCAUUCAUAUAAAGAUAACUAUGAAAUAAACAGAC